GGAGGAGUGAGAAAAGGCAGAAACAGAAGUCAGGUACAUGCAGCAAACACAGCGUGUGUGCAUUUGUGGGUGAAAUAAUCAUUUUGAGCAAAUACGGCUGUAAGAAAACUAAAGAGGGAAGAGGAACCAAGGGCCUUUGCGGUGCCACAGUCACAUGCUCUCUGUCACUCUCUUGUUCAUUUUACCUCGCACUGUUCCAAAGCUGGAUCUUUGUUGGCACAUUUUGGAUUUAAUUGGGCAAUCUUCAGCUGCUGCUGUGUUACCUUUAAGUUCCCAGCUCUGGUAAUUAGUAAGCUCCAUCUCCCAGCAUCACAAGGGUUGUGUUACCAUGGCAACUAGCAAGCAGAGCUUUGUGAGAGCUACCGAGCCUCAGUGUUCAGCAUCUGCACAGAGAGAGGAAGAGACGCAUGUUAAGGCCCCUCUUACGACUAUGUAUGUCCACAGCGUUCCUGCCCCUGGCCUGCAGCCAUAUCCUCAGGCCCAACCUGGAGCAUUGCAGGACGCAACGGUUGUACCACUGUUCCUUCCAAGGAUGUGUAGCAACUCGACUCUGCCCUCACUGACACUGCAUAUUGCCAGCGGGGCUGUUUUGCAGCAACAAAGGCUAGUGGCUCCAGCAACUUCGGUCAGACCUAAGUCAGUUGGGAAGCAUAUUUGUCCACAGUGCGGUAAGGACUGUCUGAAGCCCAGUGUGCUCGAGAAACAUCUUCGUUGCCACACAGGAGAGCGACCAUAUCCCUGCACUACCUGUGGCAUUUCCUUCAAGACGCAGAGUAACCUUUAUAAACACAAGCGCACACAGGCUCAUGCCCGCCUUUCCAGCGAAUCUGACAAAGGCACCUUCAGCAGCCAGGAGAGCACCGAGAGUUUAAAGGACAACUACACAAGUCUAUCCGGUGAGAUAAAUUGUGGAGAUUCAGCUGUCAUGAAGAGAGGCAAAGAAGUUCUUCCUGUCGUGACAAUACCAGGUCAGGUAGACUCUACAGAGAACAAGACAAUGUCUAUAGAAUGGGCACUGCGCAAUGCUGCCAUGGUUGGAUUAAGUACAACACCAGUGCUUCAAGACAAUGUAAAUUCUUCGAGAAAAUCUGUGGAAUUAUUAGAUGGUUUAAAAAAUAGCCCUUCUAUCCCGCAGACAGGUGCAGAGAGUGAGGAUGGAUGUACACCGCUGACUCCAAAUCGUAUGCCUCUUCAGAGGCAGGAGGCUUUAUUUUCCAAACCGUGGGAUUCCCCCAUGUCCCGAGGGAAAUCUCAAAGCCACGACAGCACAGACUCUGGCUUCAGUGACAGCAGUGAGCAUCAUUCAUCCAGCAGUCCUGGAGCAAGUUUGAAUUUUCCCAGUAUGGAAUCAUUGACAGAAACCACUAUUGAACCACAGGAACCAGGCACCUCCCAGACACCUUCGGAGAUGACCCCUGACCCCAAAUGCAAGGUGUCUAUUCAGGAGAAGCAGAAGCUGGAAGAACGGAUUUCGAAACUUAUAUAUGAGAACAGUGUGUUGGUGGAUAAUAAGCAACUGGAAACUGUGCGGCCAAGAAAGACGAUAUUGUCAAAACAAGGAAGCAUUGAUCUGCCUGUGCCAUACACUUAUAAAGACUCCUUCCAUUUUGAGAUAAAGAGCAGCAAGCAUAGCUCAAGCGCACAAAAUCCAGACAGAGGAGGUGGGGCAAUUCAUGGUCAUGCACCUACACAGCACUCGACUGGUUUGGAGCAUGCACCAUUAACACGAAGCAGUUCUUUACCCUUUCCUAUGGGUGGUAAACCCAGUGAUGGAGCAAUGAAUUUGAAUCUUAGCAGACGGUGCAGUGCAGGGCAUGUUUACCCAUUAAGGUCAUCAGACCAGCAAGCACCAGGUCAUCGCUCACUAGUUAGGCAGGUAGCGGUAGAUUGUCUGCCUACUGCAGAGGUAUCCCUAGCUGAAAGAGAUAAUAUUAACAGCUUUAGCUCGGAUGGAGACAGCACUGAUGUUGGAACAGAGCCAACUAUAAAAGGAAACUACAGGAAGAAAGCCCGGAAAUUUGACUACACAAAAUGGCACACUUACAAAGGUGGGACAUUUACAAAACUCUACAGUACUGAGAAAGACUGUACAUUAAAGGCAAAGAAGACUGCACUGAAUUCUGACCAAAGCCUGGAAAUACAAAUUAGCCAACAGAAGGACAACAGAUCCAUGUCUCUGAGCUUAACUUCUUGUUCUGUUGUGAGCUUAAAAAGUGACCUCAAGGUGUCAUGCAACAGCUUUGAAACUUAUAAUGAGGAAGACAUGGGCAAGGAUGAAAUAACAAUGCAACACACUGGCUUCCAUAUCCCAUCAGAAAGGAAGAAACAGCGCACUGGGAGUGACGUGCAAAUGCUCAGUAUUUCAGAUUCCAGAACUGGAGAGGCCAAUGAAAAUCUGCAUAGUUUAAUUACUCAGUUACCCCUGUCAACUUGUGCAACGUAUAGUUCCAUUACAGUUCCAGCACAAAAAGUCAACAUGGAAAAAAUCCACCCGCAGGGCAGCAUCAUACCUCAGUUGUCAAAUCCAAGUCAGUUCCUUGGUAAUACUCUUAGCCCAGCUUUUUGUUUUAUCAAUGUGAGUGGGACAUCUGGGACCCCAUCUGGUUCUAUCAGCAGUCCUACUGUCCCUGAAGCCAAGACCAGCUUUCCUCCCAAAUACCAGCUGAAGAUUCCUUGUUCCACAGAUGGAGUGUCGGCUUCUUGUUCUGGCUCCGCUUUAGCACAUAACACUUGCUCAAACGUUCCAGAUCUCAGGCAAAGCCGCCAAACUACAGCGCAGUGUCAUCUUGAGAACAGCACACUGCCCUCAAAGCAAUGUCAGGGUGUUUCAAUAGUCACAACUUUUGACCAGAGUAAGCAAGACAUAUUGUGCGCAACUACUUCAAUGCCUAUUCUAUCACUUUCCUGUUCAGAGUUAAAUCAAACAAACACUUUAUCCAAAUUCCUGACAAAGGUUCAGUCUACUACGCCUACAUCAAUUUCACUUGUUUCUCCACCAGUUCAGCAUCAAAUAUCUUUGUUGCAGAGCAACUGUGCAACAUGUUUAGUAGAAAACCUGUCAACGGGUUCUGUAUCAUCAACCUCAGAGAACAUUCAGAUUGUUACAGCAACGAACACUUCAACAGUGAUUUGUGGUUCAGAAUCUGGUGUAGAAACCUGUUCUUCUGUAAAUAUGACACCUACAGUACAAAACCAUCCUGCCUCCCCUGUGAAUGAAUCAGGAAAACCUCUUGCAGUGGACGCCAAAUUUACAAUGGAUGAGAAUACUCUGAAAAGCAUGGCAUCAAAAAUGGCCACUGAUGACUUUCAAGGGUCCCACUCGGAAGAAAAGAUGAUGCUACUAAAUGGAUCGACUCAGGCUCAGAACACAUUUUAUGUACGAACAGCAGACCUCCAGAUAGUGAUGCAGCUCAUUUCUGAUGAACAGCUAGCACUGAUAGAGCCUCAUAUUGAAACAACAACUUCAAGCACUGUAACACACCAGACAACAUUUUCACAGGAGGUGUAUAGCAAAGAUGCGACUCAUGUGUGCAUGGCACAGGAAAUGGUAAAUAAUGCUGAGUUGAGCAAAAAGAAUGGUUACAACUGUGAAUCUGCCGGUCCAGCUAACAAAGCAGAAAUUGUUUGUAGUUUAAACUCUCAAAAUUCUAAAAGUUCUACAAUUGAAAGCCCUCAGUGUUUUUCAUCUUGGUCACAUCCACAGACAAAAGUUCAUAUCUCACCCUUAGUGGAUUACAAAAACAAAUCAACUGGACAGCUAUACAAACCACAGAGGACAUUUGACAAUUCACAGGAGAGAAAAUCAGCUGGGUUUGAAGUUACCACAGAGACACACCACAAACUAUUGUCUGGAGACAACCUAAGUGAACCUCGUUUAGUGGACAGUAACUAUUCUAUAAGAGGAAAUGACAAGCCCCAAAACUCUUCUGUCCAUAACCGAGAUUCUGACAACUUCUCUGAGGACCAAACAUUUAUAGAGACAUCCACAGAUAAAGAGCUGUUCUGUUUGAUGGAGCCAAAUCCCAUUCAAACUACAACAAAUACUAAGCCAGUAGAGCCAAAUGAAACGGGCCACCACAUGCCAGUCACACUAUCAGGAAACUGUAUAAAUAUUCAAACAAAGAUCAGAACUUGUAUUUAUGAGAAAAAUACCUCUACUGCAGAAUCACAUCAUACGCAAAAAGAGCUAAGCUCCGCAAUACAGCAUAGUCAUUACAAGGCACACUGGACUGCAUGUGGCAAUUCAGAUUUAGAUACAAGAGAAAUGAGAGCUUGUGACAAAUGUAAGCUCAACUGCAAGCACGGGGACCUGGUGACUGAAAAGUUUUAUGAAGGCCAAACACCAACACAGAAUGAUUUCAAACAGGCCUUUGCUCUAGGCCCAGGUGACUUCGGGAAUGACACCUUUAGCGAAGUUAAAGCAUCCUGUCCAAUGCUGAACAGGACAACUAUCAGUCUUGAAGACAGCAGCAGAUGUGGAGAUGUUCACACACAGCAUACCAAUCUGGAAAUAUUUACAGGACCUUUGGAGGAUGGUACCCUCAAAAGCUUACGGUUUCUGAGGGACCCUGGGAAACAGAGCAAGGAAUCAAUACCCAAAAAUUCUGAGAGUGGAGACGGAGAGGCGGAAAGAGACAGCACAGAGGUGGCUGACAAGAACACAGACCAUGGCAAAGAAGACAACAGAAAGGAAGAUGCAGCUCCUUGUGAGAAGCAUCAAACAUCUGCUCAAGCUCAGGCUCGGGAAGUGUCCCUCAGCGUUUCAGGACCAGUUCAGCACGACAAUACAGAAGCAUCUGUUUGCACAAACAUGGUUUCACAAGACUUUCAACAUCAAGGUCAAGAAGAAAGUAACAACAACAGAAAAGACAGCAUUGGUGAUUUUUUGGAGAACAGUCCUUCUCAAAAGGCCAGCCAAAAUACGUCAUCCUUACCAAAAUAUACUAAUGAAACAUGCAGACAUCUUUUGGUGCAUCCGCUCAAAGUGAACACCAUGCAAAAUGAAUUCCAAAAGGAGACACAGCAAAGGGGUGCUAUGAGUUACUGGAUUUAUUCUAAAGAAAAUCAAGUACAGACAUCGAAGCAUGAAAUGAGUGGCGCAACUGUAUCAACCAGCAUUUUGCAAAAUAACUGUGGAGCUUCAAAGAGUAAGACAGUUAAUGCAAGCAUUGCUUCGUCAUGCAGUGCUGGGCCCAGUUCUCAUCAAAUGUCUAUUCAAGAGCUGCACAGUCCUCAAAUAUGUCCCCCAGCUAUACAUAGCAACCCAACAUAUUUAGGUAUCGGUAGUUACCUGGAACAUGAGGACAGUAACAGCAGCAGUGACGAUGAGCAAAAACUAGUCAUUGAACUUUAGUGAUGUGUAUUUAAACACAAAACAAGGCAAAACAGUCCAUUCUCACUGCACAGAUGGCAAAAGAGGCCUUUAGCAGUUUUAGAGGCUUGCCAUCUUUAGGCUGACAUGGUAUAUUAUAAUAAUGAAACUAUAUACUGAGUAUUGACUUUGUUAACAUGGCAUACUGUAUGUUGAUGUAACAAUCUGAUCAAAGCUCAGUCGAAAGAAUGCUUUCAGAUAAUUGCAAAUAUUCAAAGAUUUUCAAGGAGAAACGAUUGCUUUGCAUGAGGAACAGCUCGAAAUGUAAUCAUGUUAGCAAUCUGAAUGCUGAUGCCAAAAUCCUGGACACAUUCAUUAACUGAUGCCCGGAGAGGAUUUACCACAUCUUUCAUGUCAAAUGACAUUCGCUCUUUGUUUGUCUUUGUGACCUUCUGCAUCUUGCUAAAUAUUGGAUUUGUAUUUUAAACGAGAAGUCAAUGUGUUUACGGGGAAGGAAGCUUCUCAUUUAUUAGGACCUUACAAUUCGCUUUGUUCCUCAUCUGCAGUGCUGCAAGUUUUCUCAGUAUAAGAUGGCUUUGGUUUCAAAAUCUAGCUAGUCAUUUAGACUUUUUAGUGCUGUUUUGGUCUGUGCAUUCUCUUUUUCUUUUGAUAUAAUAAAAAGAUCAUACAUUUUAAGAUAUAGGAACAAUUACUACUGGCUAAUGUAUGAACUAUCAACACACUGACACACGGAUGUUGUGUUUCCAUGUUUUAUGGGGACAUUCCAUAGGUGUAAUGCUGUACGAACUGUAUGUUCUAUCGCUCUACACCAACCCUACACCUAAACCUACCCCUUAUCGAAAUUGUAUGUAUUUUUAGAUUUUCUUUUGAAAUAUAAAAAAAUCUUUCUUCAUGGGGACCUAAAACUGGUAAACAUUUAUUGGUAUUCCAAUUUGGGGACAUUGGGUCCACACACACACACACACACACACACACACACACACACACAAAACCAUUAUUAUUUAGUGCCAUUAUUUUUUAUGCUUCAUGUAGAGUAAUAUAAUUUAACUUGUUUAUGUUAAAUAUGUGAUUUUACUAUCAGAUUUUUAGGUAACAUAAAAUUAAUUUUUAAUUAAAGAAAGAAAAAGCUGGUAAUGAACACAUGUUAUUUUUGUUCAGUUUUUUUUUGUGUGUAUAAGCUGUUUUCAUUAUAAGAACCUUCCUCAGUUCCACACGAUGUUGGUUUUGUGUCGACAUUUGAACCUGAAUAAAAAAGACAGUAAAACCUUACUCAAAACUGCCCACAGACGAUCUUGUUUUGUCUAAGCCCACAGGUGCAUCCAGGUGCAUUUUAUGUACAUGCACAAAACCAAGCCAGCCCCUGCAUCCUCACGCUACCCUCCAUCAACAGGUGCACAUGUGCUGUGAAUCAUGCGGCGUUUCAUAGCCCUAGGAGAUUCACAUUUAAUUCUGUGAAGGCACCUGGAGAAAGCACGCAGGAUGUGUGAAUUCUUCUUGAGAGCAUAAUCUCUUUAUCUGACUCACAAUGGAUGAAUAAGUAUAAAGCCUUGGCCUGAGAAUAAAAUCUCACCGUGGGGUUCCACAGAGAUCUGUCACGAAGCCAUCGGUAAAUGCAGUGAAGGCAAUGACUCAGUCAGUGGGAGGCCUCUGGCCGUGUGACUAAAAAGACGUUUACUCAUCACAGACCUUCCUGCACUGUUAUCACUUCUAGUUGACUGAAUGGACAAAGGCUAUAAUGAUCACUGUAUAAUAGUAUGUCUCUCUCUCUCUCUCUUUCUAUAUAUGGUCAUUUUUGUUGUUGUUGUUGUGUUCUUUGAUACAUUUUUUAGCUAAAUGACAAAUCAAACUUCUUUUUGUAUAAAUUCUGUCAUGUGGUAUUGUAUGUGUGCAUGUGUUUACCACAAGUUCUCAAAAUUAUGACAUAAAAUAAUCCAGCAUUCGCCACUUAAGGGACAAGAUGACUUGAAGGUGUAAUUUGGACAUUAAAUAGAAGCACUUUGAAAUUAAAUAGAUUGCUAUUUUUGCUGAAUAGAUUAAGCACAAGCACAGAUUAUUUAUUUAGUUAAUAAAAAUCAACAAUACUGUAAGAAGACAGCCAUGUUUGGUUAUUUUCAAUUUUGCUUAGCUGUAAAUGUGCUUUUGUAAAACACAGUAAUAAAAUAGUAAUCACUCUGCAAUGUA